AUGCCGCACGAUCCUAGUCAUAUAGCAAUGUGUUACAAAGAUUACUAUGUGAAUGGAUACAAGUUCCAUACAUUGGAACUUGAAGAAAAUUGUUUAACAAUGAAUAAUGGUGUCUACAUCAAAGGAAGUUGCUAUAAUGAUUACGAUCAUGACUUUUACGGUCUAUUGGUCGAUAUCGUCAAUAGUGAAUAUGAAAAGAUUAAUAUGUUUGUUGAGGUCGAACAUAGUGAAGAUGAUGAUGACGAUGAAGGAGUUAAAAGACAACAAGAAGAGAUAGAGAUGGAUGUAGAAAAAGACGAUGAUAAUGAAAGCGAUGAUCCUGAAGAUGAGAGCGAUGAAAAUGAGUUUGCAUGUUCAGAUGAUGAUUAA